CAACAAUCUGAAAGCUCAUGUUCAUAACGCUCGACAAAGUAUAUACAGUGCUUGUGGUCCGGAUUUUACAGUCUGCCAUGGGUGCAGCCGCAUGGCAAUUGAACUGCAGUCUGCCAUGUAUACAGCCGCAUGGCGAUUGAACUGCAGUCUGCCAUGUAUACAGCCGCAUGGCGAUUGAACUGCAGUCAUGACCCAUUGCCUGAUCAGUGUUGCCAUCAAAACUCACGGCACUUGGAAAGUCAGAGACACGUUCAGCAAAGUGCAAGAACAACCGCUUCAAUUCGACAACUCCACGAUCUCCACCAAUUCAAAAAUCCCUUUGCCUUUUGAUAGUCCAACGUACCAAACCUGGACUUUCUCACGGUUUAUAUAUGAGGUCUCCGUACGCACACAACGACCUCACCCCCACGUGCCUACAAUCAGGUACAUGGAGAAUGUCUUGGAACUGGUUACAUGCGACUGUCGUUUGGUGAGAGAUAGGCAAGCAGCCAGUCAGCCUGCCAGGUCCCCCACAAGAGCCGCACUCGCUUGCCCGUAUUUUGUGAGGCUGAUUAUUGAUCGAGAGACCACUCCGUGCUUGGCAGGCGGUUCCGGUGGAUCUGCUCUUCCCGGAUCUGGGGGACACGAGCGGUCAAGGUGAAAGAUUUUGAAAGAAACGACUGCAUUCUCUUCCUGAGGAGCAUUGACAUACUUAUUGUACAUGCAUGAUUAUUCGCAGCAUGUGUCUGCAGAACUGUUCCCACGCGUAUGGGGUCAGUUUCGGAUCCUUUCGUGCCUGGCAACACACGGAGCUGUUCGCCGAUUGUGU